CGUCUCGAUGCGGUUUGUUUUGUCUGAUUGGAUUUAAUAGUGUACGGUGUCAAAAAGUGGAUAUAAUAUAUAGAUAAAUUACAAGUGAAAUAGUCAAAAAAUUGUUUUGAAAAAAUUGGGCAAUAAGUUGAAUUGUGUAAUUUUAGAAACGUCUGGUGCACAACAUUUUCGACUGUAGCGUAAAAAGAGCGGACACAGACGAAGUUGCAGAGUAAGAGCGUACACCAAGUGGGAGCAGCGCACGAUACUAGAGAUCCAUUUUCAAAUACUUAUAUCAACUACGCCCCUUACCGCACGCAGCUACUAAAUAUACGAUGUAGCCAUCGGUGGCAUUAAGAAGCGACUGUCAAAUCCACUAAAGGAAAUAUUCAUAACUACACAGCUAAGGUGCAGGAAGUCACGUUUCGUUCAACAAUUACACAAAAUGCACGUGUAUAUAUACAUAGUACAUAUGUAAAUACUUUAACUUCCAAUUAAGCAAAACCGUAUGGAUUGUACUUUGAUGAAAAAUUUUUAACUCAAAGGCACACCAAACUGCUGCCAUCGAUAAAUAGCAAUAGUGAAGUGCAAAAAGUGAAACGUUAAUUCUGUAAAGUAUACAUAUGUAUGCAUGCAUGUAUGUACAUGACACAACAUAUACAUAAAUCUUAGUUAAGCUGCUUUCCUUAAAAGCGUCCGACGAAGUUAUAGCACACCCAUCUGUACAUACCAACCUACUGAAACGAACGAAAGUGAAAAUCUACCAAAUUCAUGCUGCACAUUCAACGGAAGCAGUAACUCUUUCUACAAAAGGUGUGCACUCCACAGUUAAAGCUCCAAAAUGGUGAUAAGCAAUCCGGAUGCAGUGGCCGCCGCCGCCACCACGAACAAUACUGCUGGCGAUGCGGUUGACUUGGCACAUCCAUCGGGUAUUCCACGUGAUAGAAUCGAUAAUAUAAUGAGCGGUAUAGCAAAUACGGGCGAUGUGAAAAUGAAUAACCACCGAAAGAAGCUGCGUCAGAGGUUUGACAUUAUUAAAAAGUUAGGUCAAGGCACAUACGGCAAAGUGCAAUUAGGUAUAAAUAAGGAAACCGGCCAGGAGGUGGCUAUAAAAACUAUAAAAAAGUGCAAAAUAGAAGCUGAGGCGGAUUUGGUGCGCAUUCGUCGUGAGGUGCAAAUUAUGAGCUCGGUGCAGCAUCCCAAUAUCAUACAUAUAUACGAAGUAUUCGAGAAUCGUGAGAAGAUGGUGUUAGUUAUGGAAUUCGCCGCAGGCGGUGAACUGUAUGACUAUCUCUCGGAACGUAAGGUGCUAUCUGAAGAAGAGGCGCGUCGCAUAUUCCGGCAGGUGGCUACGGCUGUCUACUACUGUCAUAAGCACAAAAUUUGUCAUCGUGAUUUGAAGCUGGAAAAUAUACUACUCGAUGAGCAUGGCAAUGCGAAGAUCGCCGAUUUUGGUCUCUCGAAUGUGUUCGAUGAACAAAACUUACUAUCCACAUUUUGCGGUUCGCCGCUUUACGCCUCUCCCGAAAUUGUUGAAGGUACUCCCUACCAAGGUCCAGAAGUCGACUGCUGGUCCCUUGGUGUGCUCCUCUACACUCUAGUCUAUGGAUCGAUGCCAUUUGAUGGUUCCAAUUUUAAAAGACUUGUUAAGCAAAUCAGUCAAGGUGAUUACUAUGAGCCAAAGAAACCGUCGCGUGCCUCAACGCUCAUACGUGACAUGUUGACGGUGAGUCCACGCAAACGUGCCACCAUCGAACAGAUCUGCGCCCAUUGGUGGGUCAAUGAAAAUGAUAAUGUCUCAUGUUUGGACUUGGCUGAAGAGCUAGCGACACAAACACCGGUACGUUUGGAUGUGUUGCUGUCGUUGACACCGGCCGCUGUGACGGCCGAUCAAUUGGUUGUGCCAUCCGCUGAUGCGGGUAAAGGAGAACGUGUGCCACGAAGCCAUUCGGUGGGAUCGAUACGUGAUAUGGGCGGUAAUACGGAAGCGGAACGCAGAAUAUUGGACAUGGUGGCUGCUGGCGGCGAAGCAGCACUCAUGCCAUCACCAACACGCACAAUCACACCCACGCAGAGCCCAGUGCAGAGUAAACGCAAACUCGAGACCACAGUCUCCACGGAGAACGCACAUGGUGCGGCGCUCAAGAAGAAGGAUAAACUCGGCAGCAGCUCAAUGGUACUUGGAGAGUCCAACCUGCCACGACCACAAGAAAUACCCAUGGAGACGGAGGAGGACGAAGCUGCAGAGCAGGAAAUUGACGAAGAGCCAUCGGCCGCAGGAAAUACAAUGCCAUCGAGCAGCUUCUCUCAAAGGGAUAUGGAAAUGGUGGGUGAUCUAUGCGAAGAGCUGAUUAAGGAAGAGUCAAAAUCGCCGAUCGCUGCACCACUGACUGAAUCCAGCACUACUGUGACACCUACACAUGGAGGUGUGCUGCGCCAAAAAACGAUCAGCAAGUUAGAGUCGUUGGAAGAGGCGCCUGAAGAAAAGGACGCCACCAAAGUUAUUAAGAAAUUCGUCAAUAAGCACAAAACUGCUGAUCUGGUUAAUGCCAUCGGUCAGAUAACACCGACAGCUGAAAAAACCAGCGAACAGUCUACGCCCACACCUGCUACAACAACAACAACAACCAAUAAUGCCAAAAGUGCAAUCGCCAAGCCAUCAGCGACAGCCGCCAAUAACGCCACACCAGCGCCCUUCGUGCGCAAAUGCAGUUUGCAAGAUGAAGGUUCCUUGAGUAAGUUCAAUGCCGACCGACGAAAGUCGCGUGUGCUCGAAACCACCGAAAAGUUACAGCAAAUGAACACCAGCAACGCUACCGGUGGCGGCAGUGAAAAACCGAAGAAGUUCAGCAUACCCGGCGUAAGUGUCGGCAGUUUUAAGAAAGAAUUCGAACGUAAAGCCACAAAUCCGCCAGUACAACAAGGCCCCACACCAGGUGAGUUACGCGCAAUGGAAGAGGUGGCGGCUGCAGCCGCUGCCGCCCAAGAAUUGGAGGCAGAAGAUCAAUCGCUCACAGCUGACAGUGCGCAACAGCCAACAACACCCGUGCCAACCGGUCAUAUUGAGUCAAGCGAUUCGAAAAACUCCGUUGCAUCGCUGUCACUGGAAGACGCGCGUCGCUCCAUGGAGAAUUCGAUUGCGUUGCUGCGUCAGGCGCAAAGCGAAUCCUCGAAAGAGGUGGAUCAGCUGUGCGCGCAAACAGAGAAUAUCGAAGUCAGCGAGGCCAGCAGCCCAGUAGUGACGGCCGAACGCGAGCGGAAGUUGAAGAAUGCGCGCGCCAUUAUCGGAAAUGCCAUACAGCCAGUUAUACGCAGGCCACCAUCACAACCAUCCUUUGGCAACGGCGGCGGGGGCUACGGUCAAAUGCGUGCAGCCAGUGGCGGUUUUAUUGGUUUUGGCAGCAGUGGCAGCGGCAUCGGCAGCGGCAGCAUGAACGGCAUGGGUGGCGACAGCGGCUGUGGCUCCAUGGGCGUCCACGCUCCAUUUGGCAGCGGCAGCGUCGGUGGCUUUGGCUGUGGCGUCGCUGGCAUCGCCAAUAACAAUGUUAUUGGCAGCCAUGCACCACCGCCGCAAAUGUUGGCGUACAAUAUGAGCGCCGCUCCGCAGACACCGCCGCCUCUGUUGACAUCGAAUGCAAAUGCAAAUGCGAAGGCAAAUUCAAAAGUGAACGCGAACGCGAAUGUGAAUGCAAACGUCGCCCUCGCCGCUGCACGGCAGCAUAUAAUGGGUCGUUUGGCAGCUACGGCUACGGCUGGUGGUCAGAAUGAGUACCAAAGCGAGUUUUCACCGUCCAAUUAUUUCAUACAGUCACCUCCCUCUACUCCCUCUUCCCUGUAUAACAGCAAUAAUGCGAAUAUCCAACCACACCUCCAUCACCAACAACCACAAGAACAUCAACACUAUUCACAACAACAACAACAACAAUUGAGACAAGCACAAGCACAGCCCAGUCAAUAUCAAGCUACUAAUUCUUUGCCGCAAUCAACACAAAAUCAACUCUUGCAAUUCCAACAAAGACUACAACAAUUACAACAACAAAGACAAAGACAUCAUCAAGCGCUAAUAGAGCAGCAAAAAGAAUUUGAAUUACAACAGCAGCGACAACAACAACAACAAUACCAAAAACAAGCAUUUCCCCAACCAUUAUUGCAACAAUAUCAAAAUAAACAAGCUCACAGCAUGUCAAUGCCACACACACUAGCCGCAUCUGCCACUGCCACUGCCGCCAACGUCAAAAAUACCGCCAUUUCCUCUACCGCCGCCACCGCGAAUAGUGUGCCAAAACCGUUUUAUAAUGCACCACCUCCUUCGAUAUUCUACAAAUCAUCACCGGGUGGCGAGCCGAACAACACCGUGAAGACAUCCACCGCUACCAUAACACUGAAAUCAGCCACAUUGCCGCGCCGUAAGCCGAGCGCCAAAACGGAAAUCCAAUUAGAAAUAAAGCCACGUAUUGUCGAACAACCGAAUAUGCGUUUCACAACGGAAAUGCAGCAUCCUGUCGCCGAUUUGCGCAGCGCGCCGCCGCGUGAAGGUCCGGCGCCCUACAGUCCCAUCAAGACGAUGUUGAAUGCGCGCGCCACAAGCCUCGAACCCAAGGAGCACAUUAUACCCAUACAGCGACCACAAGCGCCCUAUGCGCGCACAACAUCUAAUACAACAACAAGGUCCGGUUCACUAUCGCGACAAUCGACCAAUGAUUCUGAAUCUGAUACAACAACAACGGCAAAUAUGUCACAAUCUACCGUUACGGGCUCAUCACAACCGAUUAAGAAGAGUCCACGCGAAUUCAUUAUACCAAUUGCGAUGGAGGGCGGUGGCUUCAUAACACCGCGCGAGGGCAGCAUUGAACCAUCAGAAUCUAGUCAUACCGCCUCGAGUCGUUCGACCUUCAAUCGACUGCGGCCAACUCGUCGCAUUGGCAGUUCACUGCUUAACGAUUCUGGCAUCGACGAUAAUUCGCCAUUCCAGAAGUUCCGCACCUCGUCCGGCACCAGGGAAGUCGAUGAGGAGCCACGUUUCACGCUGCACAGGUUAAGAAGCUCUAGACCGGUGAAGAAACUUAGUCAGGAGAACGAUUCACAAAGUUCCGGCGAAGAAGAUGACGAUGAUGGCUUUGAAAUACUCACCGCUGAAAAUCUCUUCUCCACACUACUACAACGAGUGCACGCUUUGACACAUCGCAUGAAUGUCGAUAAAGAUUUAACUGCAGGCUUUUCGAAUUCAAGCCGCCUGCUGAGCAAUAUGCGGCAUGGUCCCUUCUGGAAUCAAGAACCUUUUGGCAGAUCUCAAGUGAGUUAUACAUACAGUGAAACGGUCGAAAAGAAACAAGUCCGCCUCAACAGCGCCUCCGGCAAUAAUGUGGGCGCACCAUGGCGUCAUAGCAUGUCACGUGAUUUGGGCAACGACAUGGACUCCAUAUUUUCACGCACUGGCGCUACACUGCCAAGAGGUACAAAGGGGGCAACCAAAAUUGGCCGUCCGGCCACUAUCGCCGAACCUAGUAGCACAGUUGACGGUCAGGCAACGCCAGCCCUAGCCACGGAUGAGCCACUCGAUUUGGCUGACUUAGAUCUCUCGCGUCUACGUUUGAGCAAGAAGGAUCUAGAAACAUUAUCCAGCAUCACACCCGGUCUACCGAAAUGCUUCCAAGAGCAACUACUGGCCAAAUUGCCGCCAACACAGGCGCGCAAAUUGUCACGCACGUUGAGUAUGCAAGGCGGUACACAAACCGCGCCGGUUAGAAUUUAUAAGCGCAGUCAGAGCGGCGGACGUGGUGUGUUACACACCGGUGCUGGACAGGAUCUUAAAGAAAACGUCGCGGAGGAGACCGCUAGCAGCAGCACAACGAGCAAACGUAGCACAGAUAGCAGCGAACGUCGGCACUAUGAUCCCGUAUAUCGACGGAGUCUCAGUCGUACGCGUUACGAUUACGAAUCGAGUAUCCCUUCGUCAAGCGAUGUGGUGUCGAAAAGCCGCAGCAGCAGUGUUUGUCGCGAUGAUUAUGGUAAAUCGAUGUGCUCUACCUAUACAACUGACAUCAAUGAUCGCUACAAAUACUACUCACCAUAUUUUAAUAAAACGGCGCCUAAAGAUUCGUCUACCGAAAGCGGUUCCGUAUCGCCACAAAAACGUUAUAGCACUUUAGGUAUACCACGUGAAACAGUCGGUUCUGCGCAAGGGCGUCCACCAAGUGGUUGUUUAUCGCCGCCUAUUAUAUCAGCAGACGGUGGUAGCAGCUCAUUGCGUAGACGCUCUUCACAGAAACGUAUCUCACGAUUUUUGCGACCAGACUUUUUCGACGAACCUCUCGAUGAGAAUCCAUUUCAACGUGAAAAGAAACAGCGUGAACGUGAAACUCAAAGUGUGUUGCGUGAAAUACGAGAAAGAUCACGUGAGCCUAGUAGAGAGCGCUGCAAUUACACCAGUUUUGAUGCGGAAGACGCAAUGUCGCGUAAAAAUAGCUUACCCAAUGCGGAAAGCUCGGGUAUACCACUGAAAACGGAACCGAAACAUGUGCGUAAUAAAAGCAUGGAAAUCUAUUCAGAAUAUCAGCCGGCUAGCAGUUCAUCCCAGGAAACAAUUAGGCAUAACCGACGUAGUUUGUCCCGUCCACGUGAGAUCACUGAAGAGUUACGUAAGAAUGAGCUGGCUGAUAAGAUUUUGGAAGAGUUACAAUUACUGUCAGCUACACGAACGCAGCAAGAUCAACAGCAGCAGCAGCUAAGAUCGGCGCUGCCCAGAGAGAUUUCGGUAGAGCGCUCUUCGGAGACGACCACAAAGUCGGUAGUCGAGGGGCCAGGCAGUCGUGCGGAAAUUGAAGAGAAAGAGUCUUCAUCUACAAUAAAGAAAAUUAAAAAAAUAAAACCUAAAGAUAAGUUCAAUACAACGGAAUCUAGUACAGAUGCGGAUGCGACCGUCACUACAUCUGUAGUGAAGAAAGUGAAAAAGAUUGUGAGAAAGACUGAAACUACAAAGACGACACUAAACGAAGCUGCCACCGCUAACUCGAGUACAAUAGAGGAUAAUACUCUCACACCAGCAGAAAUAGAGCAGUCUAGAAGAGAAUCUAAGCUUAAGCGACCUAAGUCGUAUCCAACCAAAGAACCGAGUACUUUGACACCCAAGUUACCUAAUAAGCCAAGUACUAUACCAGAAAUGACUGCAGAUUCAACUUUAGAGGCGUCCAACUCCCAGGCUACGCGUGAAAGCCGACUGAUACGACCCAAGAGUUAUCCAGCAUCUAAGUUAACACCCCCGAAAGAAUCGAGAAAAGUUACGCGUAGCGGCGCCGCAAUACCAACAAUAGCCGAAGGCAGGGUGAGAAACUCAACCCCACCACUAGCUGUUGAAGAGAAAUUCGAGCCACAGACGCCAAUAUCACGAGGCACUGUAGAAACUUCAUCUUCGAGUGACAUUAAACCAACCACAGUUAAGAAAAUCGUGAAAGUUUCUAAAAAAUCUAAGUUAGCACAACCACUGCCAGUCACACCUACAACUCCGACGCCAGCAACAACGUCCACAACGACUACGCCAGCGGAAAAUUCUAAGGAGUCAAGUCCCGUCGUUAAAGAAAAAUCUCCGGAAAAGAAGCCGAGUAAAGGCCUGCUCUAUGCUAUUGGACAGAAAUUUGAAAAACUACGCGAUUCUGCUAUGAGCAAGGAAAAGAAAAGCGCAACCUCCAGUCCCGCUUCUUCGGCAAACGGUGCGGUGGUAAAGAAAAAGUCGCCAGAUAGUUCCUCACCAGACAAAGUAAAGGAUAAAUCCACGUUACUUAAAAAAAAGAAAUCUCUAGAUGGCACUUAUACAAAGACUGCCGUUGAAAAUAAUACAACCACUGGUAUGGAAGGUGAAAUGAAGGAAAAACCAGCAAAGUCGGAUAAGCGCUCGAGAAUUGACGCAGUAAUCCGUUCAUUACGUGAGCGCUCCGUACCACGGUCACGUCCUGCAACCGAAACAAACUACAUCAAACGCGCCGUCAGCGUGGAGGACAUGCCGGGAACGUUUAAUAAGAAUGCAGUUAACCGCGUAUUAGGUCUCUUUAAGCGCAAUGAUAAGGAAGCAAAUGGCGCAGAACGGCGAGUACAAAGCACGCGUUCUACUAGCAAUAUUGAACGUCAGAUACGCGAAACAUCGCCGUCGCCAAUCUACCAGAAUACGGGCGAGUGUCAUCGUUCCAGUAGCAUUUCAGCCGCCAUUGCCGCCAACUUAGGCUCCGGACGGAAACCAGAGAUCACUGCCACAUGUAGCUGUGAAAUUGCACCGGCGCCUAGAGUUAACACAGAAGAAAAGCAAUGCGCCGAAUGUUUACAGGACGCCGUAGCGCUACAGAAGUCCAAGAGCAGCCGCGAUGAGAAAGAUGUCGUACUGCCGAGCAAGGAAAUGACGCAGAGCAAUAAGGACAAACGCAAGGGACUCAUGUUGGACCUUACCAAAUUAGAUAAAAGUGAUAACAAUACUACAACGAAUCGCAACAACAUAAAAACGACCUACAUGAACGGUAAUGGCAUCUACUCGAAUCUGCCACCUUACCCUGGUGCCGUGAACAGUUCGUCAAAUAACAGCUCCAGCCAGCAAUCCAUGGAUAAUGCCACUAAUAAUAAUAACUCGUAUAUGACUAAUAACAAUUCAUCAAUGCAGACCUCGCAAACAUCAGGUUAUCGCACCUCGUCCACACACGAGAUAAAUCGCAAUCACUUACUAACCCCAUCUACUGAGAACAUUGCCAAUUACUCAUCCGACUCGCGCAGUUAUCAAGAUGAUUGUGCCUCAACUUCGACGUUCCUAUCGCCAACUGAAGAGCCCGAGCUCUACUUCGAUAACUGGUCUGUGUGUUCGGAAGAUAACUACAUGCUACACGCUUCACCUUCGCCAACUGUAUCGCGUCUCUCACGUGCAUCGCAGCUCUCAUCACCCACACGUGGUGAAAGCUCCGAUCCAAAUGAGAGCGUAAUUGAUCGCAUCAAACGUCGUAGUUUCUAUUGCCGCUUUAACGAUAAGAAACCUAAGCGCACGAGUAGCAUUGUCGGACCGAGUGCAGUGCGCGACUACUAUCGUGAGCAACAGGCCGCCGUAAAAGCGCGUUCUAGCACUAAAGUAAACUCCAAUGAACGCGCCAAAUCACCAGACAUUACACAAGAGUUCUUCAGACCGUUGAAGUUAAGUCCGGUUGGCACUGAAUUGAAACCACCCAUUUACAAAGCGCCGCUCGACUAUGCCACCAACAUCACAAAACCGCGUAAGAGCCUCAACGAUAUACGGCCUACUACAUCACCAUCAUUGAUCAGCAAACGCUAUGGCUCCACUGCCGACAGCGAUUAUAUGUCAUUAAAUAGCGGCGUGCCAAUACGCUAUAAGUCAUCUGCCAGUUCAAGUCCUUACGAGAGCAAAGGCUCUUCGGCGACUGGUGGAUUGAGUUUGGGUGUAGGCACCGGCAUUGGCGCUGGUACAGGCGUCGGCAGUACCUACUACAAUACCUACAGCCCGAAACGACGUUCCUCAUAUACAUUCAAUGGCACUCUGCCCAGCGGUGCUACACUCACCAAUUCCACUUUGGACGGUUACGCGACGGUGGGUCGGCGACCUAUACGCGCCUACGAUCAUCGCACCAUGUCACUGCUCGAUCCUACAACCACUCCUCCGUCGACCGGUGUCAGUAGUUUCAGACGAGAAGCACGCACGCCAGUACGGGACUACACUUCAAGCAUUUCGAGAUCGAGUUCACGUUAUCGAACCUCGUCGGCCACACGCAGUCCAACAAACAUUUGAUGUACAACACCGCAGAAUGGCUUCUGUAUCUUCUGCUAUUACUCGAAACGGAAUCGUGGCAGCAGCACGCAUACCGCUUCGUCGUCGGCGUCCUCAAGGGCUAGUGGCGACAAGAAACUGCAGGAAUGCACAACGCGCAUUAGAAAUAAGUUUUAAUUCUACUACGACAAGUAGUGUUUACUAAGAAACUAAUUUAAUUACCAAAUAUACAUACAGUAUGUAGGUAUGUAACAUAUAUGGUAGCGUACACUUACUUAAGUCUGAUUCACACCGAUUGAUAGAUGUGUAUAUAGGUCCACAUGGAGGUACAAAUGUAGACAGCGUUUACACAUGGUUCAUGAGAGUUAAGGAAAGCUAUUAUAAUUGGACCCUUUUUGGAGUAAAUAUAGUUAGGGUAGAAUUUGAAAAUGUGGCGAGUUGAAGACUUUGAUAAACCAGUUCAGCUGGACGAGAAAAGGAAUUGUAAAGUGAUGUAAAUAGGCCAAUAUGUGCAGCUGUUAAUUUAAGGUUUUUCUUUGGCAUUUUUCGGGGCUUUAAUCUGAAGCAAUAUAUGAAGCUUAAUGGUAUCGAGGGUAUAGUGAUUAAAGGUUGUGUUUGCUGAGUUACUGAGUUACUGAACGUUGUCUUCUUAAAUACGAAGCUGCAUCAAAGCGUUCUGAAAUAACACAUUAAUACGCACGACAUGUUUCACUAAAAGUGUGAAUCGAACAUUGUUCUCAAUUAAUAUAUUAAUGAACUCGUAUUUCCAUGAAUGCAGGUUCGUGGUUUUGCAUCAUUUGGAGAGAGCGGGCUGCUAAGGUUUUCUCAUAUGUACUACACUUUAACUCAUUUAGUUCUGUUUAUCUUAGACCACUCUACAAUAAUGGUUAUCAUAUUGGGUUAAUUGAUUGACUAAUUUUCAAGCUUUGCUUAAUUGAGAAAGUAAUGGAGCUCCAUCUACUAAAUAAACCUAAAAGAUUUUAUCAUUAAUUGAUUCGAAAUUUUAGUUUAUUUUCAACGAAAUAUUAUUGAUCAUAAUCGAAUAAAAUGUAAUUGUCUCAAUUGACAGGAAAUUAACAUGUAAUUGAGCUUAAUUUACUAAGUAAAUAUUAAAAUAUUUAUCAAUUUUUUAUGUUUUCGAGAAAAUACUAUUGAUUAUAUACGGUUAAAAAAGCAAUUGUCUCAAUUAGCAGGUAAUUGGGCUCCAUUUACAAAAUAAUGAUACCAUAUUUUCGUCUAUUUUCAAGAACAUACUAUUGAUUAUAAUGGAUCAAAAUAUUAUUGUCUCAAUUAGCAAUCAAUUGAGCUCAAUUUAAUAAAUAAAUAUUAAAAUAUUUAUCGUCAGUUGAUUUAAAAUUUUGGAAUAUUUUCAAAAAAAUACUAUUGAUUAUAAGCGAUUAAAAACAGAACUGUCUCUAUUAACUUUAUCGAAUAAAAAGUUUAUUGCCCACAUCGAAAUAUACAUAAUUUUAGGACUAUCCGCAAUUUGAGAGCCUCGCCCAGCGUAGAAAUUGGCAAGACGGUCUCGAAAAGUAUGUUUUCUUAGAAGUUGGUGUAUAACAGACGAAGUUAGGUAAGAUUAUAGUAACAAAUGAGUGGAAAAAGUCGAUUGCCGUUAGAAAUAUUUUAAAUAAUUAAACUUCAAAAUAAGAAAAGUGUAAAAAACAUAUUAUCUACCCUAAAAAUCUCAUUAUUAGGCUCCAAAAAUAUUAAUUUUGGUUUGCUUAUCAGUUGAGAGAAUUUAUCUGGCUGAUGAUCGAAAGUUCAAUAAAAGCUCCCAGUUAGUAGUACAAAUAAUGGAAUCAGUGAGUUGCCAAAACAAUUGUCAUUAUUUUGUCUCACCGCAUUGAGCUUCCAGCAAAGAGUUAUGCAACCGCAAAGAUUUCGGUGUGAAUCAUACAUUUAGAAAUCUUUAGAGAAUUUAAGUAGUAACGAAAGCGAUUAAUAACAAUAUUUAUUAAAUUAAUAGACUAAUUAUGAUUACGAUAUGAAUUAUAAGCAGCUACAUACUAUAUUAAUAAUGACUGACUUAAAAGAACAAUAAUACAAUUUGAAUUGAAAUAUCAAAAGCUUUUUGGUUUUUAUUAUCUCAUAGAACCUUUAAAAUGUGCCUUUUUUAUUUGGAAAAUAAUUUCAGUGUUUAAACAACUAUGAAUUAUUAAAUAAAAGUUAUGUAAUGUUGAAGAACUUAGCAUAAAUAUUGUUAGAGUCUUGCAUGAUUUCAAGAAAGAGAGAGAGAUAGCGAGAGAGAGCUUUUACUUAUACCUAAGGGCUUGAAAUGUCAGAAAAGAGUGUGCAUUUAUGAAAGUAUUGUACUUGAAACAUGCUUUUAAAAUGUGUAAGCGCCUCACAAAGAUUUCAGUAAAAAAUGAAAAGUUUUCGAUAAAAAGUAGUAAGAACAUUGACAAAAACGUGAAAGCUAAAUAAAUAAAACAUAUUUCGAUGCUUGUAAAUAAUGAAAGCUUGCAUUGAUUUAUUUCAAUUACUCAACAAAAAUGUACCUUUCGCAAACUGGUGCCAAACGUUUUAUAAUAAACGGAAACUUUCGAAAAAUUCAAGUUGGAGGUUUCGUUAAUAAUUUCAUUAUUCUUUCCGCUGUUGAUGAAACAAACUACCUAUUUGACUAUUGAAAAUUUAAAAAUUGUGAAAGCGCUGAAAGCUUCAAAAAAUAGUGAAAGCUUUUAAGUAACUAAUCAAAGUAAUAUUUUGAUGGUUUUAAUUUCUAAUUACCACUUGUAAACUCUUAAAAUAUAGCAAAAGCUUUAAAUGAAAAGCUUAAAUUUUUAAAAAUUGUGAAUGCUCUUUAGUUAGCAACGAAAUUAAUAUUUUUGGUUUUAUUCAUUUCUAAUUACCACUUGCAUGAAAUGACUGCAAAAAUAUCGUAAUAAAAUGAAGCGUACGGUAGAAAAGAGUAGAACUGAAAUACAUGUUUAAUAUAAAGGUACAUUAAGUGACUAAUUUCGCUGCCAAAAACAUGCAUGAAAGCACUUAAAAGUUAAAGAAACUGCAAUAAUAUCUUUUUUCUACACUUUUUAAGUUUUACAAGAGCUUUUGAAAUACCAAAGUAAAAAAGAGUACAUAGUUUUGUGAAAAGAGUUGAUAUCUCGCAAAAUGUCAGAAAAAAAUCUAUAAUACUUUAACUUUUAUAAAAGCUUUCGAAAUCUCAUGAAAACUCUGCAAAAAUAGCAAUAAUAUCUUCUUUUAUAUCCUUUUUAAGCUUUAGAAGAGCUUUCAAAUACCGAAACAAAAUAGGUACUACAGUUUUUGAGAAGAGGUGAAAGCUCGCACAAAAUUAGAAAGAAACUUUUAACUAUCACGUUAAGAUUUGAUUUCAUAUAUUUUAAUUUAAUAUCUCCUUUUAUACCCUUUUUAAGUAACCACGGUAAAAAAGGGUUUAUAUUUUUGUGAAAAGAGAUGAGAGCUUGCAGAAAUUCAGAAAAAAAUGUAUGAACAUUUUGUUAU